ACUCGGUGUUUAAUGUACUUUCUUUAUUUAAAUCGCAUAAAUGCAGAAUAUUCUACAGUACUACAGUUCUGAUAGUGAUGAUAAUGAAAACACGAAACCAGCCAACGACAAAAAUGAAACCAAGUUACCUUUAUCAAAAAAUUUACUUCGAUUGGAAAAAACCGAAGAGCCCUCAACGAAAAACGUAGAAAAGCAUCAAGGUCGGAUUCGAACAUUUCCGCACGAGAGAGGAAUUUGGGCCAGUUACGUUUUCAUUGACUAUAACGAUAUUGAUGCAAUCAACGAUCUACAACAGUUGCUUGUAGAUCAGGUCUCCAACGAUUCAAGUUUAGAACUGAACAGAGUGGACAAUCUUCAUUUGAGCCUUACAAAAACUUUCAUUUUGCGGCAUCAUAAUAUUCCAACUUUUGUGGACAAUGUAAAGUCCGAACUCCACUCGAUUAAACGCUUCACAAUAUUGCUGUCCGACUUAGCCGUCUACUGUAAUGAAGAGCACACGCGUACCUUUUUAGCAAUAAAAAUUCAUCCGAACAGUUGCGGGCCGCUUGAAAACCUGGUAGAGAAACUUGACCACUGUAUGCGACUUUACAAGCUGCCCGAAUUCUACACGGACCGAUCUUUUCACGUUAGCAUACUGUGGGCCCUGGGUGAUCAGAGGAAGAAAUUGUCGGAAAGACUUGAAGAUUUACAAAGGUCUUUCGCGAGCUUCUACGAGGAAGAGUACUGUGAUAUGAAUGUGAAUGUCAGACAGAUUCAUUGCAAGUGUGGAAAUAAAUACUAUGAAUUUGAUUUGCUAUAA